UCACAACACCCAACGGCACAACUAGUUUGGCCUUCGUAUGAUUUUACGUCGUCCUCAAACGAAAAAUAGACGUAAAAAACAAUUCGUGAAUUUUCAUUUGACACUUGUCUUCUAUUUUAUUACGCGUUGAUUAAAGUUAGUGCCGAAAUUUUCGGUUGAAGAUAAUGGCAGAGUAUGCUGCGGUUCGAUCUGGAAAACUUAAACUGAAAGGGCAUAAAGAUAUUAAGCCAGCCAAGAAGCAUAAAUCCAAAAAGCGCACCCAUGAGGAAGCUAUCGCAGCUUCAGACAAAGAUGAUAUGAUAAAGCAUGGUGGCUUUUGGAAUGUACAAAAUUUUUCUCAGAUUUCAGGGGCAUUAGCAAUUGAGUUUGGUGAAAGAUGCUACAUCAAAGCAUUGGACAAUGGUUUAUUUGUACUGGGUCCACCACAUGAUGAAGGAGAUUCUCCUUCACCUGAGGAGAUUUUCACAGCAUUCCCUGUGGGUGAAACAAAGAUAACACUUAAAUCUGGAUAUGGAAAAUACCUUGGCAUUGACAAAAAUGGUAUAGUUGUUGGACGAUCUGAUGCUGUAAGUGCGUUGGAGCAGUGGGAGCCCGUUUUUCAGGACGGUAAGCUUGCAUUACAAGCCGCCAACAGUAAAUUCGUGUCGGUUUCGCCGGAUGACGACAGUUUCUACGCACAGAGUAUCACCGCUGGACCAGAUGAAAUCUUAAAAUUACGCUGCAAUAAGGAUUUGGAAGCAGACAUUGAAAGCAAGAAAAAGAAUAAAGGACCUAUUGAAGAAAAAGGAAGUGUAGAGCAAAUUGAGAUAAACUACGUGAAGCAAUUUCAAAAAUUUCAAGACAAGAAAAUGCGGGUUAAUACCGAAAGCCGCGAAGUUCUCAAAUCUGCCAAGGCCGAAGGGUAUUUACACGAAGUCUUACUAGACAGGCGAAGCAAGAUGAAAUCUGAUCGAAUGUGCAAAUGAACUAGUAAAACUAUGUGUUUAUGACGAUGCUUAUUUUCAAUAUUGACGUAAUAAAAUGGGACUUUAAAAAAUA